UUUUCAGUCGCUUUAGACUUUCCAGCUCAGUACUGCUGUAGCUUUGCUGCAAUUGAAUCGCUACGGAGAUGGCCCCUCUUGCCCCAACGGUUACCUUGAACAAUGGCCUAAAAAUGCCAGUUAUUGGACUCGGUACUUGGCUGUCACGUGACGGAGAAGGUUUGGAGGCAAUCAAGACUGCCAUCGAUGCCGGGUAUCGACACUUCGACACCGCAUGUUUGUACCAAAACGAGAAGGAAGUGGGUCAGGCAAUUCGUGAAAAAAUCGCCGAAGGUGUUGUGAAACGUGCAGACGUUUUUGUCACCACAAAGCUUUGGAACACCCACCAUGACCCUGAUAAGGUGGAAGGGGCCUUCAACCGAUCGCUCGAAAAACUAGGUCUUGACUACAUCGAUUUGUACUUGAUGCAUACACCUAUGGGUUACAAGUUUGAGUCUUGGGAACCGGAGGAUCCAGACGCUGAUACGGUUCCGGAGUUUACUACCGUGGACUUUGUGGACACUUGGCGAGCCAUGGAGAAACUCUUGGACACCGGAAAGGUCAAAAGUAUCGGUGUGUCUAACUUCAACAGCGAACAGGUUGCUCGAAUCGUAAAUGAGUGCAAAGUUGUUCCGGUUACCAAUCAGGUCGAGUGUAACCCAGCUUUGAACCAGCGUCGGUUGACUGAGUUUUGUAGGAAACUGAAUUUCGAUUCUAGUCGUGCAUCCGUUCGGAACAACAUCCGCAGCAGCUCAGUGCAACCACAGGCCGACAAGUGA